GCCAGUGAAUCUAUUGGAGAUUCAGUGAAGGAGCGACGCCAUCCGGACGCGCUUUUGUUUGUGGAUCAACACUCUGACCCGUUUCGGAAAUGUGGACAGAAAUUGGGAAAUUAAUAUUUGUGCAUUUUUUAGUGUCGGAACUAUACUCGGCAAAAGGUGCUGAAACUGGCGCUGACACGGAGUGCGAGGAUGGACAGUUUCAGUGCAACAAUAAGAGAUGUAUUCCCACCAUAUGGAGAUGCGAUGAUGAUGAUGACUGCUCCGACAACAGCGAUGAGGAGAACUGCCUGAAGAACACAUGCGCUCCCUCAGAGUUUUUGUGUGCGAACGGUCAGUGUGUUCCCGGGCGUUGGCGAUGUGACGGAGAACCCGAGUGUCCAGACGGAUCAGAUGAGGCUGAUGCCACCUGCACAGUCAACCAGACGUGUCCUCCAGAGAAGUUUGACUGUGGAGGGAAGUGUGUGUCGCUGUCCUGGCGGUGUGAUGGCGAACGAGACUGUGAAAACGGUGAAGAUGAAGCAGACUGUGCAGCAGAUGCCAGGUCCUGCUCAGCGGGGGAGUUCCAGUGUCGUAACCGUAAAUGUUUAGCACCGGUCUACGUGUGCGAUGGUGAUGAUGACUGUGGAGACGGCAGCGAUGAGGAGAAGUGCUCUCCGCCCACCUGUGGGCCACACGAGUUUCGCUGUAACAGCUCCGAGUGUGUGCCACAGCCCUGGACCUGCGAUGGCGACCCUGACUGCGCUGAUGGCUCAGAUGAGUGGGCGGGGCGAUGUGGGGGUGGGUCUGGACGGCCAGCUCUGCCCCCUACCCGGAGACUGCAGUGCGGGGCUGGAGAAUUUCAUUGUGGCAGUGGAGAGUGUGUGAAACUGGCCUGGAGGUGCGACAGGGACCCUGACUGCAAAGACAAGUCAGAUGAGGCAGACUGCCCUCUGCUCACGUGCCGGCCUGAUGAGUUCCAGUGUGGAGAUGGAUCCUGCAUCCAUGGCAUCAAGCAGUGCAACAAAAUACAUGACUGCCUCGACAAAAGCGACGAGGCUGGCUGUGUCAAUGCCACAAAGUGUGAAGGACCUCUGAAGUUCCUCUGCAGGAAUGGGGAAUGCAUAGACGGAAGCAAGGUGUGUGACAACGUGAAGGACUGCAAGGAUCGGUCAGACGAACCCAAGAAGGAAUGCAGUUUAAAUGAAUGUUUGCUUAACAAUGGAGGCUGCUCACACAUCUGUGUGGAUCGUCCCAUUGGAUACGAGUGCCAGUGUCCUGCUGGCUAUAAGCUCCUGGACAAGAGGACAUGUGGAGAUAUUGAUGAGUGUGAGAACCCUGAUGCCUGCAGUCAGAUCUGCAUUAAUCUGAAAGGGGAUUUCAAGUGUGAAUGUCACCCGGGUUAUGAGAUGGACCCUGUAAGCAAGACCUGCAAAGCUGAGGGAAAAAGCCCUUACCUGAUGUUCACAAACAGGCAUGAGAUCAGACGCAUUGACCUGGUGAAGAGGGACUACACACAGGUGGUUCCUACUCAGAAGAACGCAGUGGCCAUUGAUAUCGACGUCGCCGCCAACCGCAUGUACUGGUGUGACCGUUUUCAACACAAAAUAUACAGUGCAUACAUCCACGAAGCAAGCGACCCGUCUCGACACAUUACUCUGAUUGACUCAGAUCUGCAUUCCCCUGAGGGUCUGGCACUGGACUGGGUCCAACACAACCUCUACUGGACCGACUCGGGUGACAGAACCAUCUCUGUGGCUUCAGCGGAUGGCAGCAGGAGACGCGUGCUGAUCAGCACCGAUCUGAGCGAACCACGGGCCAUCGCUGUGGAUCCAGAGAGAGGGUUCAUGUACUGGUCUGACUGGGGCAUCAGGGCCAGGAUUGAGAAGGCGGGCAUGAACGGUGUAGAUCGACAGGUGUUGGUGUCUGAGGACAUUGAGUGGCCCAAUGGAAUCACACUCGAUGUGGUUGGUAAGCGCUUGUACUGGGUGGACUCAAAACUGCACCUGAUCUGCAGCGUGGAUUUAAACGGGGCCCAUCGCAGAGUCAUCCUGUCCUCCAGCGAGAGACUCGGCCAUCCGUAUGCCCUCGCUGUGUUUGAGGAUCGCGUGUACUGGACAGACCGUGAGAAGGAGGCCAUCUACAGUGCAAACAGACUCACAGGACAAGAUGUUACCAGUCUUGCCGAGCACCUCAAUGACCCUCAUGAUAUAGUGGUUUUCCACGAGCUGAGCCAGCCUGCAGCUCCUGACAGCUGUAACCUGAGUGGCGUGACUAACGGAGGCUGUGACUUCCUGUGUCUGCGAGCUCCUCAGAUCAGUGAACACUCACCCAAAUACACCUGCGCUCCCCCACAUCGAGAAGAUCACACCCCACACACACCACAGUUAGCCAUUAACUUCCAUAAUAUUAAGUCAGUGGCUAUAGGCAAUUUUUUUUAUUUUUCCAUGGCUAACCUUUCUCCCAUCAUUGUACCAACAGUGCAAAAUGAGACUGCCUUCACACCUAUUGUGCCCAUCAACAUCACCAUGGAGACAGGGGCUGGCCGGGCACCAGAGUCCCCUGCAGCAGUGACAUCUCAGUCCGACAGUAUGGCUGAAACCACUCUCUCAUCACUCCUCACCUCUAGUCAAGAAGAACUGGCCGUCUCCUCUAAUACUACAGCAGAGCACAGUCCUACACAAGCGUCCAGCACCACACCAGACAGCCUGAGUAACCCGUCUCAUCACUCUGGCAAUGAGUUGUUUCUCCUUGGCCGUAAUCUGACAGUGGCAGUGCUUGGAGUUGUAAUUCCCAUAGUUCCUAUUGUUGCCACAGUGGUCUUCGGAGUGGUGUGUGCCGGCGUUUACCUCGUUUACCGCAACUGGAGGAGGAACAGUACCAAAAGCAUGAACUUCGACAACCCUGUCUACCGCAAAACCACAGGAGAGAUGGAGGAGGACGAGAUUCACAUCGGACGGACUGACGGGCUCACUGGCCAUCACCACCCUUACCCUGGGCCCGUGGUCAGCAUGACACCAGUCGGCACAGGGACGUGCCCGCCAUUCAUCGCUCUGCCAUUGGGGACCAGUUUACCAGACCCUGCCACACACUGGUACACAGAACAGCCCACCAUCUCUAGUGCUAAAUGAAAGGAAGGAAUGACUCUAGAAAUACUAUGACUGCAGGGAGCAGGACUGACACGUGGCUGCCAAGCUAUGCAGGAACUGAAUGGCAUUUAAUGAGCUGAAUCAUUCUUAACAUGCCUAGGUUUUGAAGUCUGCUGGAGUGCAAAAGCUGGAUUGAUUACUAAACAAAAGGUUUAGACAUUUCAGACCCAUAUUUAUUUGAGCCAUUUUAAGCAUCAUUUUAUUGCUGGUUGGAACCAGCAGGGCAAGCCUGUUUAAACCUGCAUUAUAUAUAUUUAUCUUAUAAUCACAGACCAAUCUAGCACUGUAACUGGUAUUAAAUUUACUACUUAAAUAUUGAAACUAGUCUACUGGACUAGAAAUGUCUAGCACUUUAGCUAAAGCUGCAGAGAGAAACCAUUUUUGAUCCUUAUCACUAACAUGGCAUUGUUUCAUUCAGUUAUCAGGCUUGUUUUCAAAAUUACCUAAUAAAUUUGAAUUAAUCAAUUUAUUACCAUUUCAAUUAAAUGUAAAGUACCUUUUAAUAGGCUUAACAAAUAAUUAGACAAUUACAGAAGUAACACUUUUUGAUGGCUCAUGGGCAAACUAGAGAUUUUAACUGCUUGGUGUCAUGACUUUUUUUUAUUGUUUAAUGAUAACAUGCAUGAACAGUUCAAGUAGUUAAAAAAAAAUGACCCACAUUUCUAAAACUGUUUACCUGUAUCACACAUUAUACAGUAUAACUGUUUUAUUUUAAUAAUCUUUGACCAGUUGCCUCAUUACAGACAUAAUAACACCCUUUCAAUUCCCAGUGCAUAAAAACAAAGUCCCACCCUUUUUCCUCAUUAAAUAUUCAAAUUUUAUAUGCCAUUGUAAGAGUAAAAUGGGCUGCAAAUGUUGUUUCAUGUUGAAUUAACAGUCAUUCAAUCAUGACAGCUCUCUGAAGAUUUUAUCAUGGUGAUGGAUAUGACAGUGUUAAUGUAUUUGGUCUUGGCGGAAUAGAUCUGCUACGCUGCUGCUGAAUUGCUGCUGCUGUUGGUUAUUGCUGUAGUUGUAGAUUAUUGCUGCAAUGCAUAUGGCAAUAUGAUGCCGUGAGUGUUUAAGACAUACUACUGCUGCACAAAUAACAUAUAAAAUAACCCGUAGCAGAUCUAUACAGGUGGAGCUGGGGAAGGUGGAGGGUUUCCGAGAAACUCUGAAAGCACGCUGAAUCUCUAGUGAAUGCUAGCCAGCCGUAUAAAUGCAAGGCAGUAAGCUCAUUGGCUGCAUAUGCAGCAUGAACUAAUCAGCUUGUGCCAAGUCAUUUAACUCUCUGAAUAUCAUCUGUUACAUUAACAACCCGACAGCAUGUGCCAUCUAGAGUUUCAUGACUGAACUAUAUAUAUUUAACACUAGGAUGUCCAUUAUUCACUUUGAGGAAACACAUUUUAGGUUUUCAACUUAGAACCCACCCAACAGAAAGAUAACAGUACAAAAAUAUUCACAAAUUUGAUAUGUUUUGUCCGUUUCAUCAGUAUUAUCCAAUUUUUAUAGGUGUGUUUACUCCAAAGAAAGACAAUCUAUAUUCAUCACUCGCAUGCAAAUCAAAAGCCAUUGUCCUUGAAAUUACACGACUGUCUGGUGAGACUGCGGACGGGUCUCUGUGGGGAUCCUCCGCACUGCAGCUACAACUUGGCAAGACACUGACAUUGGCAGAGUACCCUGCUUAGUGGAGCAAACCCUAGCGUAAUCACAACAAGUUGGAAUAAAUGUUACGAGGGUCAGCGUGAGAACGUUACACAGCGGGGUCUCUUGUGGUUCACACUGAGCUGCGUUUCGCUAGGCGUAAACCAGUGGUAAUUUAUGAAAUGUCACAGUUUCACACGUAUGUUUCUGUUAUUGGAGUUGUUGCAUGCAGAACGGGUUUGCCACGCCGCCUACUUACUGUCUUCUGAGCGGAGAAACGGGGAGAACAUAAGCUGAUAGUCGCCCCAAGGGUCUAGCAUAGCUACAGGCGCUAAGCUAAAGGUUACAUAAGCACUAGGUUAACGUCUAAACACAUUAGAAUCACGUUAACAUUGGAAAAAAGUGUCUUGGGCUGCCAUAUGUGCAGACAGCCUGCUCAGCAGAUUUAGUGCUCAUGCCUCACUGUAAUAGACGUAUCGACCUUUAAAGACGCUCUCAAAGGCCAUACAUUCCAAAUGCUGGACAUUUACUCAUGCGCUUGUUUUUAACAUGGGGUACCUCUGCAUUCUUCUGUCAUGUGCUGUGGGGAUCUUUCAUUUUGUCUCAGGGAGAUGGAAUAGAGAGUGUCAACAUUGAGGGAUUUUAGUUUAGCCAUGAUAAUUGGAAUAGGAUAUAAUGUGUAUUCACCGUCGAAAAAAAUUAUGAAAAUGUUGGGAUACUAGUAUUGUUGUCCGGGUCACCAAACAUGCCAAAGUCACAUUUCACCCCAGAAUGAAAAGAAAGAAAAAAUAUUUGGCACAAAGAAAAGCUGUCUGAAAUGGGGAAAUAUGUACUGUAUUUAAACAGACUACUGUUGAAAGAUGUUUCUUAUGUUCACCAAGGCUGCAUUUAUUCAGUCAAAAAAUACAGUAAAAACUGUAAUACUGUGAAAUAACAUCACAAUUUAA